GCCGAGUGGCCCGGCGGAGCCGGCGCACUCCCGCCUGCAGGGGGAGGGCGGACGGGGCGCCGGCACCGGCCAGGCCGCAGCAGGCGCUGUUUCUCUUUCACUUUCCUUCCCUGUGAGGCCGGCGCGCUGGCGGGCGAGGAGCGGCGGCGGCGGCGGCGGCCGGGGGAUAUGGAAAAGCAGAACCACCAAAAGGAGUAAUGACCAGCUGUUUCAUGACAGACCUGGAUGCUAGUUCUCAUGCCUCAGGAUAUCCAGUUGGGAACUCCAUACCAGCUCUUGGGAUCAGACUUUCAUCCACUUAAUACUCUUCUUUAUCUGAACUACUGAAGCCAGUCCUAGUUAACUACGAAUGGCUACCCAAAGGAAACACUUGGUGAAAGAUUUCAAUCCUUACAUCACCUGCUACAUCUGUAAAGGGUAUCUGAUCAAGCCAACUACAGUGACGGAAUGUCUUCAUACGUUCUGUAAGACUUGUAUCGUUCAGCACUUUGAAGAUAGCAAUGAUUGUCCAAGGUGUGGCAACCAAGUUCAUGAGACAAACCCAUUAGAAAUGUUGAGGUUGGAUAAUACAUUAGAGGAAAUCAUAUUUAAACUGGUCCCUGGACUGCGAGAACAAGAACUUCAGCGUGAAUCUGAAUUUUGGAAGAAAAAUAAGCCUCAAGAAAAUGGACAAGAUGAUACUUCAAAAGUUGACAAACCUAAAGAAGAUGAAGAAGGUGAUGAAAAUCAGGAUGAUAAAGACUAUCACAGAAGUGACCCACAAAUUGCUAUAUGUUUGGAUUGUUUACGAAAUAACGGACAAUCAGGGGACAAUGUAGUAAAGGGUUUAAUGAAGAAAUUCAUUCGAUGUUCUACACGUGUAACUGUGGGAACUAUAAAAAAAUUUCUAAGUUUAAAACUAAAACUUCCAAGUUCUUAUGAGUUGGAUGUGCUGUGCAAUGGUGAAAUCAUGGGGAAGGAUCAUACUAUGGAAUUCAUCUACAUGACAAGAUGGCGACUAAGAGGCGAAAACUUUCGGUGUCUGAACUGCUCAGCUUCGCAAGUCUGCCCUCAGGAUGGCCCUUUGUAUCAGUCAUAUCCCAUGGUAUUGCAGUAUCGACCAAGAAUUGAUUUUGGUUAAACCAAGGGGCCUAGAUCCCACUGAGAUGAAUCCUGCACUAUUUGUUUACUCUGGACAGAUUGCACAGCGAACGGUGUGUGGACUAGAGGGACACAACCAGACUUUCAGCAUGCAAAUAAGGCCAUUGUCUGUCUCUGAAUUGUCCGUCACAUUUAUGUUAUUUCUCUUACGAGCAAACCAAGUGCCAUUCUGCUACUGAACCACCUGCAUAAGUUAUUUGUGCCGUCUCCCCGUGUGCAAGUCCCGGUCGGUGUCAGUGAGAUGUGCGCCACGAUGCAGCCCUCGGAGUGUUCUGCUUGCCUGUUCCAAGACUGUUCUGAUGUUUGGUUACACUAGUAAUACGGCUUAAUCUUUGUGGUGUUGCAGUUUUCACAUACUAUUUCAUUAAUUCUUGUUUAAAUAGUGUAUUGUACAAAAAACUAGUAAUUAUUAUAUCUUGAAAUUAUUUUGUAUGGGAAAUAUAUUUAGAAAAGUGGUUUCUGAGCCACUGUCCUGUUCUCAGUAAGAUUUUUGUUUGCAAAAUAGUUCAUCUUUGGGGAAGAAUUCCACUUAGUCUUUGAGCGCAUUGUAAUUGUAGGCAGUUUAAAUCAUCUGUCAGUGUAGUCUAUCAAUUGCACAAGGAGAGGGCAUGUUAGCCCUCCAGAUUGAAAAUGUAUGUGAUUCUUGGAGAACUGAAGUUCGAUUCACAAUCAUUCAGAAUGUUGGCAGCUGAUCACAUUGACUUCUAAGGAAGUUAAUGCGUAAGUAAGGUCAGUCUCCUUUCAUAAUGCCUUAUGACUAGAGGGUGCUGCUUCACGAGCCGUCACUGAGUAGCUCAUUUUACGGAUGCGUCUCUAUACCGUUGCUCUCAUUUAAUGAGUACAGUGUUGCUCUUUUUCCUUUGGCCUUAGGUAUGUGUCACUGUGGCAUGCAGAGGGUUAGGAUGAUUUUAAAUAUUAGGAUCUUUAGAGCAGAUAACAAUAGCUAUUUUAUGGAUCUCAAAAGUCUCAAAGCAAUUGUAGAUUAAAACUGUUAGUUACCUAUCACAUUUCCAAAACAUUUGCAUACAAUAGAAUAAAUGCAGUGUAGUAAAUAUGCUAACCAAAAGUAAUAGUCUGAGGAUAUUUCAUUUUAGAUCCUGUAGCAAUCGGGGGAAAUGGGAUUACUGUUUUAUACAUAAGUUCAUUAAGGUCAGAGCUGUGAUGAUGUCCUUGAUUUUGCAGUUUUGUUAAGUCUUCCAUUCAUUUUGAGGUUAUUGUGCAAGUCAGAGAAAGUCUUGUUACCUUAACUUAUAUAAAGAGCUUCAUUUUAAAUGUUUUAAAAUUUAUAGUUGUUUUCAAAAAACUUUGGAAAUUGUUUUAUUAAUUGCUUCAAAACAAGUUAACCUCUGAAACUUAGGGAAAAUCUUGAAAAGUAGGAAAAAUAUUUUAGAAAUCUGACAUGAGCACAACCUGUGUGUUACACACAUAGUUUUUAUACUGUAUACCUGGUGGAUGUGCUACAUUUUCCAGUAAAAUGUAUCACAAAUUAAUGCCUUCUGACUCAAAAUGCUCCUUAGAAAUAAAACAUUGUACAACGCUAAGAAACACAUACAAAAUACAGCUAAAUCUUGAUGCAUUUCACAGUAUAAAAAGCUGAAAUACCAUAAUUCUCUUUUCCACAUAUCUUUGUUUCAAGUCAAAAAGUCUACAUUAAAUUUUCUGUUGUUUUUGUUCUGGCUUAUAUGAAAAAGGUUACGGCAAUUUCAUUAUGUGUGUUUGGAAGGGCUCACAAGCGGAGUUUAAAAGGCAGAUUUUUUUAUUCAAAAUCUUCAAAAAUGGUUGGAAUAGACCAUUAUCGUCACACUCAACCAAAAACUAAAUUUACUCUUUAGCUACAGAAAUUAUUUUAUCCUGUGAAAUCUAAUUCCCUACAUGCCUAAGAAAUUUUAAAUUUUAUUAUAAAUUUGACAUCUAGAUCAGUGAUUAAAGUAAUAUUUUACAUAUGGAAGUUAACUUUAAUUGACUUAAUGCAAAAUGCAUUGAGAGUGCAUUUUUAAAGCCACUAAUGAGACUUGGAUGUUUUUGGGUCCCUAGCCAAAACAUACAACCUUAAGUGAAUUUUAUAUAUACAGUCUCUUUAAAUUUAUCCCGUUGCUUCAUCAUAUGUAAUUUCACUAUUUUCCAAGGAAAUAUAAGGUCUGGCACAAAUAAUGCCCCUUUUUUAUUACAAAAUCUUUUAUUAAAAAAUCAUAAGCAUGUAAUUCUAUAACAUAACAAUAUUACAUUCAAGCAUACCAUGUGACAUUUUAGGUGAAAUGUUCAGAUUAAAACUAUAAAUUAUUACACUCCUGUUAUUACCUACUGACCACACUCAAGCAGGCCUUACUUCUGCCAGACCCUGUAUAUAGGAAGCAAUUAUGGAAUUUAUAAUAGUUUUAGUGCAUUAACAUUUUUACUGAAAUGCAGUGGAAUAUGUGCCAAAACAUGUGAAAAAGCCUGACAUAAAGGACAUCAUUUGUCAUUUGGGGGAAGGUACACAUUUUAUGGUGGUCCUGAGUAAUUCGAUAUUGCUGCUGGAACCACAGACUUCUUCAGCUGACCUCUUUUGAUACAUUCAACUAUGAUUUUCUAAGUAUGGGACCUCUUUCAUAUCUAGUAAUACACUAAAUUUCCAGCUAAAUAUUCCCUAAGUUAGGUUAUGGAAUUUGCAAGAAACCAGGUAUAGAAAAAAUAUGCAGACAACUUUUGUGGUUAGUUUUAUAAACUUAGGGUGCUAGUAAAAUACUCUUUAUAUAAAUAACCUAUAGAAAUAAUAAUCUAAAUCUGCAAAAUUGGAGAAGAAAUAAAACUUACAUUUUUGUUUAAUGUGUUGCUUCUUAGAUGUAAGAAACUGAAAGAACUUUACUUCCAUAAAAGAUUUUUGUAAUCUGUUUUCUCUGCCUUAGAUAUAUUAGUUAAAGGGUCAAGGAACCUUGGACAUCAAGGCCUGUUAUUUACAGACAUCACUUUAACUGAAGUAAAUCGCAUCAGUUAAUAGAAAAAUCAGAAUAUGGCCUUUUCUCUAGAUUAACAAAAUGCUUUCAAGAAGUACAAAUGAAACUAAAAGGCUCAUUGAUGGGGUACUAUUAGCCCAUUCUGUCUGGGGUACAGCUGUCUUGGGUGAUGUCUUUCUACUUUUAGAAAAAGUAUAUUAUUUCAUUAUUCAUUGAAAAUCUGUCCCAUACUAAUAUGCCACAUUUUAUAAAUGUAAUGAGUUUGCUCAACUAUCUUAUACUCAAAUGUAAUCUAAAUUUAAAUGAUUCUUUAAGAUAAAAAAGUGUGUUACAUAAUAUUAUAAACUGUUUAGCUUUAUUGAAUUAUUUAAGAGAAAGUGCCUCAUUGCAGCUGUGCAUUUCUGUUUUGGAUUUACUGCACACAUUUUGAGUUAUCUGUACCUGUCUCCUAUGAAUGAUUUCAUACCUAAAUAGGCACUUGUAAGUUAAUCACUUUUUAAACGAUUUUCAUGAGGAAAUACAUAUCACCAAAGACAUUUUACUGCUAAUUAAUAACCAUGUUGGAGAGACGGUCUUAACAGUUUUGGAGGCUGGAAAUUUUUAGAUUGCAAUUUAGUUUUACAUUAGGCAAUAACCUUGAGUAAUUGCUAAGUUAUCGCCAAAGAAAGGCUUUAAAAUGAAUUUUCAUGAUGAGAUUAAUCAAAUGCAGGUUUUUCUUAUAAUUAGCAGAGCACACUUUUUUCCAAAUAUGUGUCUUUUUUUCCCAGCACUAUUUGACAGAUCUUAAGAAAUCUCAAAGGUGAGAAGGAGAUAAACACAGCAAAUAGCCUUUCUCUGGAUGAAAAGUGGGAAAAGGACAUACUUUGAAAAGAAAAUUGAAAUGCAUAUUUUAAAUUCUAAUUUGAGGAGCUUCUUACUUAUUCCAUGGAGGCAGUAGAAACAAACAUUACAUUUAAUUCGUUCCUAGGUUCUUAAUAAUAUGAGACAUUUUAUUAAAGACAGACUUUGGUAAGAGUGCUCCCAUGUUCAUUUGUAUAGAAAAUACUACAUUCUGUUGGACUCACAUAAAUGCUUUUCUUUUAUUCAAAAGCAGAAUUUUCAUAAAGGCCUGUUUUAAGUGUCUGCCCUGUUCUUUGGUAAUUAUUGUUACUAGAAUUCAACCACACAGCCAAAUUUGGCAAAAUGGGUCUCAGAUCCAGAGCAUCUGUACAUCUGAUUGGAUACUCUCCUUACACCAUUCUCCUUGGGAGUCAUGCCAUGGGCCACCUUAAAGAUAAAAUUCGUUCUGAUAGACCACUGCGUUAACCUCCUCAGAGAGUAUAAAAAUGGGUGGACUCUGUUAUGUGCUGUGGUUUAUCAUGAGGCAUUUUCUAGCAGGCUAAAUAAGCUUUACACAUUAAGAUAGUGGUUAUAGGAGAAUUGCAAAAAUGAAUGAGUUUGCCAUAACUUUAGUUUUCUGGAUUAGAAACACAAAAACAUGAAAUGGUAUUGCUAUUUUAAGAUGUAUCUCUCUACAAUAAGGAACAUGUCUGCUACAUCUGGCUUAUUAAUGAUUAAGAAUAUUAAAUAUACCAGAGACUGAAACCCCUUGAAAGCACAACAUAACCAACCAAUUCUGGAUUUACUUGAUAUAUCUAGUUCAGUAAUAUUUUGAUGGAAAAACAUCAGAAAAAGUUCAUUAAAAUGCACUUAAAUAUAUAUUACAAGGUUUUCACAGGUUUUUUUUUCUUACCACAAUGACAUUUUCCCAGUAAUUUAAAAGUGAUUCUCUUCCUAAUGUAACAUAGUUUUCACAAAUAGUAUGUUUAUUUGCUAUUCUUACUAUGCUUUCAAACAAUGAAAAUGCUUGAGCACUUCCAUUUUAGAAAGUUAUGAAAUUAAAUUUAAUUUUAAAUGCUUAUUAAAAUGUGUCUGUAUACCUGUUAAUGCCCCUUUUUCUAGGAUCCAACACUGAGACAUUGUUCAGGAAUGCUUUUUAAUUUCAACUACCUUUAAACCUAGAGUCAAGUGAGACUGAUACGUUAACACUGGGUCUAGUUUCCUUCCAUCCUUCAGAGCUUCAUGGGUAAGAAACUAACCUGGUACAAAUGCAGACGAAGUGUUUCUGGGCCUCGUAGAGACAGCAAACAGAUUAUUUAUCCACAGACUUCUCGUCGGUCCACUGGAGCAGGAGUUCUACACGUUAGCAAUGUGAUAGGAUCAGGCUGAUAGUGUGUGGGGUCAGUUUUCUUUUGCUGUAUUUUUUAGAAUGGGGAUGGGGCCUAAGUGUCCUUAUGAAGCUGUAGUUACGACAAGAGCCUGUGAGGGGCACCAGUGUCUGCUCGUCCCUGCAUCGAGCAACACAGCAGUGAGCACCAGUUUUAACAGAGUGGCCCUCAUGUCACACACAACCAUCAUAGAACAUACUGUACAGUUGUGUUGCUGGUUUUCCUUUGAAAUAUAAAAUAUUUUAAGCUUUUUUUGUCAAAAGUGGUAACAUCUUAAUACAAAUAAAAACCUUUUUGUGGUUGUAAGAUUUCGCUUAUAAAUCAUUCAAAUUGAAGUGAAAGAUUACCAGGUCAUUGUUAAUGACUUAGUCUAUUAAGAAUAUAUGUAUUUUUGUAAAGGAAAAGCACUUGUAGAUAUUUAAUCAGUACAAGAUAUAUGUCUGUUUUGCAGAAAUAAAAUGCUGCUUAGAGAUUCUCUUUAAAUAUUUUUUAUUUUUGUGCUCAGAUGUACUUUCUGUUGGUCUCUGGAAUGUCCUGUACAAGCUGUGUGGUCGCGCUGUGGGGCUAGAGAACUUCUGUUUUUAAAAUCUGGACGUAGCCAAGUAUCCUUGACCAUGUUAAAAAUAGUAUCUUUGUUAUUAAAAAAUUGAUUGCAUAA